AUGUUAGACCGGAUCAAGGAGUUGGAAGGAAACACCGCUAACACCAGCGUUCUGCAAUCCACCCGCAUCAUGGAUUCAUCCAUUCAGCCAGUCACGGAACAUGUUAGGUUACCCCAGAUAAGGUUGCAGACUUUCGAUGGCAACAUUGAUCAGUGGUUGAGUUUCCGGGAUCUUUUCCUAUCGCUGAUCCAUUCCAAGGUGGAAUUACCGGACGUGGAAAAAUUCCACUAUCUAAAAGGAUGCCUAGCCGGAGAAGCCAGAGCACUCAUCGACCCUUUGGCUCUAACGAGAGCCAACUACAACAUCGCUUGGGAAACACUGAUGACUAGAUACAACGACAGCAAGGUUUUGAAACGUCGACAAGUUGGAAAUCUAUUCAAACUCCCGAAGGUUACCAAGGAAUCGUCAUCAGAAAUUCAGGUGUUGCUGGAAGGCUUCGAACGUGUUGUGCAAACGUUAGAUCAGCUGGUGAAGCCCGAGGAUUAUAAGGAUUUGUUGCUGUUGGAGGUGUUAUGCUCGAGGCUGGAUCCCGUAACUCGUCGUGCUUGGGAAGAGCACAGUGCGCAUCAGACCGAGGACACUGUCAAGGAUCUCACACAGUUUCUUCAAACGCGAGUCAAAAUUCUUGCCUCACUUCCAUCAAAGGCCCAGGAUACCAAGCAGGAGUCUUCACAGUUGCCUAAAAAGAACUUCGCCUCGAGAACAAGUUAUAGCGCAGCUCAGAUGUCAUCCGGAACGUGCAUCGCUUGCUCAGAAUCUCAUCUGCUUUACACUUGUCCAGCGUUUUCAAGGUUGAACGCAUCCGCUCGCGAUAAACUACUGAGGCAGCAUUCUUUAUGCAGAAAUUGUUUUCGACGUGGUCAUCAAGCCUCAGAAUGCAGAUCUAUGCAAGUGUGCCGUAAGUGUAGGGGAAAGCAUCACACUUUAGUGUGCUUCAGAGAAGACAGUGGAGGUUAUAGGAAUCCUCAAUCAGCAUCACCCGCCAGAAGAGUUCAACAGUCAUCUCAACCUGCAGAGACAACAGCAGGAACUGUCUCUUCGAAUGUUGCCAGGAACCACUCGUCGACGAUAAUCCUCGCCACAGCAGUCGUUUUGGUUGAAGACGAUACAGGGAAGUCUUUUCACGCGAGGGCUCUACUAGACUCCGGAUCGGAGAGCAACUUCAUGUCAGAGAGGCUCUGUCAACGGAUGAAGAUCUCCCGAAGGCGUUCAAAUAUCUCGGUACUCGGAAUCGGCAAGGCAAAUACAACUGUGAAAUACCAGAUUUCUGCAGUUAAGAAGUCACGCACAUCUAGUUUUGCGAGAAAUAUGGAAUUUCUUCUUCUCCCAGCGGUUACUGCAGAUCUGCCUACUACUAGCGUGACGGUUUCUUCGUGGAAGUUCCCACAGGGUGUGGAACUAGCGGAUCCAGGUUUCUUUCAAUCAAAAUCGGUCGAUUUGGUACUCGGCAUUCAGCAUUUCUUCUCCUUUUUGCAAACCGACAACAAAAUUCCGCUUGGCGAGGGGCUGCCAAUGCUGAUAGAUUCAGUAUUCGGUUGGUUGGUCACCGGAGCAGUUGAACACCAGGGUUCAGCUCGGCGCAUCGUUUGCAAUGCAGCUUCUACAGUUCAUCUAGACGAACUUCUCACCAGGUUUUGGUCGUGUGAGGAGAUAGGGUCUCCGAACAUAUUUUCCCCGGAAGAACAACGCUGCGAGGCGCAGUUUGUUCGCACUAUCCAGAGGAGUUCUGAUGGACGAUACACCGUAGGCUUACCGAAGAACGACGAGAUACUUUCGACGAUGGGCGAGUCGCGUGGCAUAGCACUUCAGCGACUAGAUGGCUUAGAAAGGAGAUUGGCGAGGGAUCCAGAGUUGCGGAAUCAAUAUAACCAGUUCAUGGAGGAGUACAUGGAUCUUGGGCACAUGCGUAGGGCGCAUGUGGGCCCGGAGAAGCGUUGUUAUCUACCACACCACCCAGUCAUCAAACAGGCCAGCACAACAACGAAGGUUCGAGUGGUAUUCGAUGCAUCGUGUAAGAGCAGCAGUGGCGUUUCCCUGAACGAUGCACUCAUGGCAGGACCUGUGAUCCAAGACGAGCUACGAGCCCUUAUCAUGCGUUGCCGAAUGAAGCGGAUAAUGAUUGUCGCAGAUGUCGAGAAAAUGUUCCGACAAAUAGGUAUCGGUAAUGCCACUUCAAAGCAUUCUUUGGAGGAAAGAUUCAUCGGAGAACGUGGAAACGUAUGA